AAAAAGUUCUUCUCUAAAGAAUCUCAUUUCUGCUUCACAAAUCGAAUCUGAUUUUGUUGCUGUACUUGAAGUUCUGUUUUCGUAUGCGAUCCCAAGUAGCAAUAAUUUCUACUUCUGUUUCGUUUCUUAUUUUUCCAUCGUCAUCUCAAAGCUUUCGCAGAUUCCUUGAGUGGCUUCGGCCACUGUCCUGAAUUUAUACUCUCCUUGGAGCUUUAUGUGCCUCCAGUUCCACCAUCGGAAACCCUAGCGAGGUAGUUUUCUUGUCACAGCGACGCUCUUGAAUCGUCGAAUUCCCGAUGGCAUUGUGGUGGUCCGUUCUUGUUUUGGCAUUCGCUUAUGCCAUCUGCAGGUUCCUCUUCAUGCUCAUUCCUCCCAAAGUUCCUUCCAUUGACGUCGAUGCUUCCGAUGUGUUGGAUGAUGGAAAUCAGGCGCAGGAGAACAGCUUUAUAUAUGUACCUCCGAGGGGACAAGCACAGCAAUCAGGCAGGAAAGUCCAAUGCUAUGAACCUGCUACAAUGAAAUACUUAGGAUAUGUUCCAGCGCUGACACCUACUGAGGUCAAGGAGCAGGUGUCCAAGGUGAGGAAGGCACAGAAAAUGUGGGCAAAAACCAGCUUCAAGCAAAGACGUCAGUUUUUGCGUAUACUCUUGCAGUAUAUAAUCAGACAUCAAGCACUUAUAUGCGAAAUAUCUUCACGUGAUACUGGAAAGACAAUGGUCGAUGCUUCUUUAGGAGAAAUAAUGACAACAUGUGAGAAGAUCAAUUGGCUACUGUCCGAGGGUGAGAAGUGGCUAAAACCUGAAUACCGAUCUUCUGGAUGGUCAAUGCUUCAUAAAAGAGCUAGAGUUGAAUUUCACCCCCUUGGUGUUAUUGGUGCCAUUGUUUCAUGGAACUAUCCUUUUCACAACAUUUUCAAUCCUAUGCUGGCAGCACUCUUUUCUGGAAAUGGCAUUGUGAUUAAGAUUUCAGAACAUGCAAGUUGGUCUGGAUGCUUUUAUUUCCGAAUCAUCCAAUCAGCCCUUGCUGCCAUAGGUGCUCCAGAGGAUCUUGUUGAGGUUAUAACAGGGUUUGCAGAAACGGGAGAAGCAUUGGUCUCAUCUGUGGAUAAAGUUAUAUUUGUCGGAUCACCUGGUGUUGGUAAGAUGAUAAUGAGAAAUGCUGCCGACACACUUAUACCAGUAACUCUAGAGCUUGGUGGAAAAGAUGCAUUUAUUGUGUGUGAAGAUGUAGAUGUGGACCAUGUUGCACAAAUUGCUGUCAGAGCUGUCCUGCAGUCAAGCGGACAAAAUUGUGCUGGGGCUGAGCGAUUUUAUGUCCACAGGGAUGUCUACUCAUCUUUUGUCAGUAAAGUGUCCAAAAUCAUAAAGUCCGUUGCAUCUGGGCCACCGCUUGCUGGAAAGUAUGAUAUGGGAGCUCUAUGCAUGCAUGAGCAUUCUGAAAGGCUUGAAACCCUUGUUAAUGAUGCUCAAGACAAAGGAGCUGAAAUUGUUGCCCGAGGAAGUUUUGGCCAUAUUGGUGAAGAUGCAGUUGAUCAGUUUUUCCCUCCGACUGUGAUUGUGAAUGUGAAUCAUUCAAUGAGAUUGAUGCAAGAAGAGGCAUUUGGACCAAUCAUGCCAAUAAUGAAAUUUAGCUCUGAUGAGGAGGCUGUCAAGCUCGCAAAUGAUUCAAAAUAUGGGCUUGGCUGUGCUGUUUUCUCAGGCAGUCAGGCCCGGGCUAGAGAGAUAGCUUCGCAGAUACAUUGUGGAGUGGCUGCAGUUAACGAUUUUGCUGCAACAUACAUGUGUCAGUCCCUGCCAUUUGGAGGUGUGAAACAUAGCGGAUUUGGAAGAUUUGCUGGUGUGGAGGGAUUGCGAGCUUGCUGCCUUGUAAAAUCAGUUGUGGAGGAUCGAUGGUGGCCAUUUAUCAAAACCAAGAUACCCAAGCCUAUCCAGUACCCCGUUGCAGAGAAUGGAUUUGAAUUUCAAGAGUCCCUUGUUGAAGCACUUUAUGGUCUUAACAUGUGGGACCGUUUGCGAGCACUGGUGAACGUUUUAAAAAUGCUUACUGAGCAAAACUCUCCCAGUAGCAGUAAGAAAUUGAAGGAUUGACUGUUUUAGGUGGGGUAACAUGUUAAUGAAAUGCUAUUUUCAUUUUCAAAUAACCGUGGGCUUUUGACUUAGUAGUUUUUACCCGGAACUGCGAAUUUAGUCACUGUAAAUGUCCUUGGCUCUGCCAUUUUUAUCGAGCAUGUUUGCUGUUUCUUGUGGUCGAGUUUCCUGAUGGAUGUUAGCAGGAUCCUUCAUGUCACUUGGCAUGUUAAUGAAAAUCGAGAAAACUUGCUAUGAAAA